AUGGAUUUCUUAACGAUAAAUACUUUGUACCUGGGCGGCACCCUUCUAUUCGUCGCACUGGCUGCGUACAUUUAUGCCGGUGUCACGAAUCCGCUGUCUAAUAUCCCAGGGCCGUGGUAUACACGAUUUACGACACUUCCGUCGACUUUCAAAGUCAUCAUUGCGCAUCAUCCCGACUGGAUUCACGAGCUGCACGCGAAAUAUGGCCCGGUGGUGCGAUACAGCCCACAUGAGGUCGACAUUUCUGACCCGGCAACAUGCCAACGCAUACAUAGCGUUAAGACCGGCUUCCUCAAGUCUCCCUUCUACUCCCUCUUGAUCACCGACUCCUCGAGUGUCUUUAACGAGAUACGUCCGGAGAUCCAUCGAAAGUACAAGCGCCUACUGUCUAAUCCCAUGUCAGAGACUGGCCUGAAGACAUUUCUACCCCGCAUCGAUGGUAAAGUACGCUUUGCAAUCGACCGCAUCCGCGAUGAGAACAAGGUCCGCGGAGCAGCCGAUAUCGCCAAGUGGUUCAUGUUUCUCUCCUUUGACGUCAUUGGCGACUUGGCUUUCGGCGAGUCUUUCGGAAAUCUGGAAAACGGCGAGAGGAAUCGUUCUGUCGAUGACUUCGUCAGCUUGGGCUUCGUCGGUGGCCUUCGGUCUAUGUUUCCCACAAUCUCUUGGCUCUCACUCUAUCUGCCAAUCCCCGUCUUCAAGGAUGCUACUGCUAUUCAAUAUCGAACUUUUGACUACGCUCAGGGCGCGCUGGAUCGUCAUGCUAAGCGCGUGGAAGAGACCGGCUCCGACCCCCACCCGACUGUAUUCUCAAAACUCUACAACGCUGGAGAGGAAGAAACGUGGACACCGAUCGAGAUCCGUGACAACGCCCAGGUUUUCAUCGUUGGAGGCAGUGAUACCACGGCCAAUUCCAUGAUUUACCUUGUGUGGGCUGUUUGCAGUAUUCCCGAAAUCAAGGCCAAGUUGUUGAAGGAACUUGACACACUUCCAGAUGACUACAGCUAUGACGAGCUGAAGGAGUUGACUUACGUGAAUUGGAUCGUCAACGAGACUUUGCGGCUCUACACAGCUCUACCCUGUGGACUCCCUCGUCUGGUCCCGCCCGGCGGUGCUGAGCUUGCCGGACAGUUCAUCCCCGGCGGCUUCACGGUCACGACGCAAGCCUACAGUCUGCACCGCGACGAGCAUGCUUUCCCAGACCCGUACCGCUUCAAUCCCGAGAGGCCGACACUUGGCGCGAAUUGA